CGCUCACUGCCCCCUGACUGCUGAUGGCAAAAAGAAACUAAACGUAUGUGGUCCACUAAAACUGACCUUCCUCAUUUAACAUGGCAGCAGUAACUGCAGUGAGGGCUCUCCUCUGCUGUCUUCGAUCAGUGACGUUGCUGCGCAACUUUGGGCACAUUCCAGCGCAGUCGGCAUCAACCUUCCUCCCGAGGGGUUUUUGCAACGCCAAUAGUAAUGAGCUCACAGAGAAUAAAUCUCUGGUGAAGAAUCUGAAACUCCUGGGAGUCGAUGUGAGGAAGGCACGCCUGCGUCAACCCGGGGUGCUUCGUAAAGAUACUACUAAUGAGAAAGGGCUCGCAAAGUUUCUGCAGGCUAAAGGUGCCAGCAGCAAAGUCAUUGCCAGCAUCAUAUCCCGUUACCCCCGCGCCAUCACCCGCUCCAUCGAACACUUGGUCCAGCGCUGGGAGCUAUGGAGAGACAUCUUCCAAAAGGAUGAAGACAUUGUGAGGAUCCUGAAUCGCUCACCAGAAUCUUUCUUUCGCUCCAGUGAUAACGGGAACUUGGAGAAAAACAUAGUCUUUCUGAACUCGCUGGGUCUGAACACCAAAGACCUCCAUCGGCUGCUGACCACAGCGCCGCGAACAGUCUCCAACAGUGUGGAGCUCAACAAGCAGAUGGUGAAGUUCCUGGAAGACAUCUGUGUCAAACUUGGCGGAAAGAAUCCAGAGGAGUUUCCUCGAUUAGUCAUAUCCAAAAACUAUUACGUUCUCAUCCGAAGCACGAAGAGAGUCGAGACAAACAUCGAUAUCCUGAGAGCUUCUCUCCAGUUGAGCGAUUCAGAACUGCUAGCUCUCCUUGAAGGCCCCGGGGCAGAAAUACUGGAUCUUUCUAAUGAAUAUCUGAAAAAUAAUUUUAAAGUUCUCAAGCAGAGGAUGGUUUCACUUGGCUGUCAGGAAAUUGACAUAAAAAAACUAAUCCUCGGCUAUCCAAUGAUUCUGUACAUUGGGGCAGACACGCUGAGUACUAAACUGGACUGUCUUCUCAGUGGAGGAAUAACAAUUAAGCAAAUCCUGAAAAAGCCCAAAGUGUUAGACUACAGCACACAGAACAUUACAGGGCGACUCGGGGAGCUGCAGAAAUUGGGGUAUGACUUCGAGAAGAGUGGCAUCAACAUCCUGGACUCUAGCCGAAAACGGUUUGAUGCAAAGAUGGAAAGACUUAAUGCCUCAAAUGACUGAAUGGAGCAGUCUUUACUUGAGCUUUGGUUUACAACAGUCAUUUUUGUUGUUGUAACUAGAAUAAUAUGACUUUGUGGAUGUCUCUUUUUGCAAUGUUUUAAUACAUUUGGUAGGACUUUUCAUCAUUUGAUUUAAUAAGUUCUCUAAAAAUAAAAUCACAAUUUUCUGUACUCUUAAGGUCGUAUUUCAAAUUUCCUCUUUAGACCAAACAAUUAUCCAUGAACCCCAAAAAUAAUUUAUUUACGAUCAUAGAAGACAGAAAACUAUAGCACUGAAUCAAUCAUCAGUUCUGCCUAGUUUAUGUAUCUCUAAUAGCUUUGUUGACAAAUAAAACUAUUUGCAUGUGCA